AUGCAGAUCUUCGUCAAGACUUUGACUGGCAAGACCAUCACCCUCGAGGUCGAGUCGUCGGAUACCAUCGACAAUGUCAAGCAAAAGAUUCAGGACAAGGAGGGCAUUCCCCCCGACCAGCAGCGCUUGAUUUUCGCCGGCAAGCAGUUGGAGGAUGGUCGCACCCUUUCCGACUACAACAUUCAGAAGGAGUCUACUCUCCACCUUGUCCUCCGCCUUCGCGGUGGUAUGCAAAUCUUCGUCAAGACUCUCACCGGCAAGACCAUUACCCUUGAGGUGGAAUCGUCCGACACCAUCGACAAUGUCAAGCAAAAGAUUCAGGACAAGGAGGGUAUCCCACCUGAUCAGCAGCGUCUCAUCUUUGCUGGAAAGCAGCUCGAGGAUGGCCGUACUCUCUCCGACUACAACAUUCAGAAGGAGAGCACCCUGCACUUGGUGCUCCGUCUCCGUGGUGGUAUGCAGAUUUUCGUCAAGACCUUGACGGGCAAGACGAUUACGCUGGAAGUCGAGUCCUCGGAUACGAUUGACAACGUGAAGCAAAAGAUUCAGGAUAAGGAGGGCAUCCCGCCCGACCAGCAGCGCCUGAUCUUUGCUGGCAAGCAGUUGGAGGAUGGCCGGACCCUGUCGGAUUACAACAUCCAGAAGGAGAGCACUCUUCACUUGGUGCUGCGUCUCCGUGGCGGCCAGUAA